ACCGUCCCAUCCAAGUCCUGGGCUGGAAGAUGAGGCUUAGAAAAGGCUUUGGGGCACCAUCACGAUGCUGGACGAUGCCUGAAGCCCCCGCUGCGCUCGGUGCCGUGGGGUUGGGCUGCAGGCUGGUGCUGGGAGCGCUGUGUAACGCCUGCCUGUACAUAAUAAACCCCAUGUUCGGCCCCAGUGUGCUCAGAGUCCAUGGAGGGAUGCGGGUCCGGCCCCGAGCCCUUCUGCAGGCCGAGAGGGGCCGCCCCAAGGGGGGCACAAAGCGCUUGUUACCCCCCCCGGACCAUUUUGGAGGCGGAACCAAAGCGCUGCGGUGCUGUUUCCGGCCGGAGAGUGGGGAGAGAGGACCGGAGCGCCGGAAGUGGGGAGGGGGUGAAGGCGGAAGUGGGGGGCGGCGCCAUGGGCCGCAGCCGGUCCCGUUCGCCGCCGCGUCGCGAUCGCCGCCGAUCUCGAUCCGCUUCUCGGGACCGGGACAGGAGGAGGAGGGAACGGACACGAUCCCGGGACCGGGACAGGAGGAGAACGAGAUCCCGGUCCCCGCAUCGGCGGAGAUCCAGGUCCCCCCCCCCCGGCGGCACCACUCCAGCUCGUCCUCCCCGCUGAGACUGAAGGAGAGACGGGACGAGGAGAAGAAGGACAGUAAAGACACCAAAGGCAAAGAGCGGCAGAUCACGGAGGAGGAUUUGCAAGGCAAGACGGAGGAGGAAAUCGAGAUGAUGAAGAUGAUGGGCUUCGCUUCUUUCGACACAACAAAAGGCAAGAAAGUGGACGGUGCUGCAAACGCAUACGCCAUCAACGUGUCCCAGAAGAGGAAAUACAGACAGUACAUGAACAGAAAAGGAGGAUUCAACAGACCAUUGGAUUUCAUCGCUUGACGCUGCACGGAGCAGCUCUGCCUUGUUCACACACCUCAAAGGUGGGACAGGACUCCGUCACUCCAUCCUCAAAGGGAUUUUGGGGUCAUUUAGAGCAAAUCCGGGUGCUCUCGCUCUGCCCUGCACCGAGGGAGGGUGAACUGAAGCUCAUCGAUCUCGGCUCCGUUUGCUCCUCGCCAGGAUUUCCUGCUGGUUCUAUUGGUUGUUGUGUUAUUUUUUUUACCAGCUCAGCAUCGUCUGAUUCAAACCCAUCGAUAUUUUUCCCUUUCCUUUCUGGUUCAUCCCCAAUCUCCCUUUAUUAUAACAUCACUCAGGAAUAAAGUCAGCGAGAAAACGCUGCUGGAAAACCCACCCAACAGCUGAUCCCCAACUCAACCUUUGGGAUUUGAGCUGAACAAACUCA